GGUUUUUACCCAGCCUCGGGUAUCCGUUUAUUCUGGGGUUGGGCCGGGGCAAGUGCCCUGCCAGCUCUAAGGGAGCAGCCGAGGCCACUGUCCCUUGAGACUGCCGGAGUCCUCAGCACCUGUCUCGGGCUCCAGGAGAGGCUGUGGUCAUGGUGAAUGAAGAUCCCAACCAACACGAGCAGGAUGGCAGCUCUGCGCAGGAGCCUGCCCUCUGGGCAGACGCCAGUGCCUCGGGCCACGCCAGCGUUUCCGCAGAGCAGAGCGUGUCUGCCCCCCCCAGCGUCUCCAUCCACCCCAGCGUCUCGACCCACCCCAGCAGUUCGGCCCACCCCUGCGUCGCGGCGCACCCAAGCAGUUCGGCCCACCCCAGUACCUUGGCCCAAGCGGGUGGCUUGGCCCACCCCAGUAGCUCAGGCCCUGAGGACCUUAGUGUGAUCAAGGUGAGCAAACGCCGCUGGGUGGUGGUCCUGCUGUUCAGCGGCUACUCCAUGUGCAACGCCUUCCAGUGGAUCCAGUAUAGCUCCAUCAAUAACAUCUUCAUGAAGUUCUACGGGGUCAGCGCCUUUGCCAUCGACUGGCUGUCCAUGUGUUACAUGCUCACCUACAUCCCUCUGCUCCUGCCCGUGGCCUGGCUGCUGGAGAAAUUCGGCCUGCGCACCAUCGCCCUCACCGGCUCUGCUCUCAACUGCCUGGGGGCCUGGGUGAAGUUGGGGAGCCUGAAGCCACUUCUCUUCCCGGUCACCGUCCUGGGCCAGGUUGUCUGCUCGGUGGCCCAGGUCUUCAUCCUGGGCAUGCCCUCCCGCAUUGCUUCGGUCUGGUUCGGGGCUAACGAGGUGUCAACGGCCUGCUCUGUAGCUGUCUUUGGCAAUCAGCUUGGAAUUGCAAUUGGGUUCUUGGUCCCUCCUGUUUUGGUACCCAACAUCGAAGACCAGGACGAGCUUGCCUACCACAUCAGCAUCAUGUUUUACAUAAUAGCAGGCGUGGCUACUCUGCUUUUCAUCUUUGUCAUCAUCGUAUUCAAGGAGAAGCCUAAACACCCCCCGAGCAGGGCACAAUCUCUGAGCUAUGCCUUGGCGUCCCCUGAUGCAUCGUACUUAAGUUCCAUUGUCCGGCUCUUCAAAAACCUCAACUUUGUGCUGCUUGUCAUCACCUAUGGUCUCAAUGCUGGUGCUUUUUAUUCCUUGUCCACACUGCUGAAUCGCAUGGUGAUCUUGCACUACCCGGGGCAAGAAGUGAAUGCUGGAAGAAUUGGCCUGACCAUCGUCAUUGCAGGAAUGCUUGGGGCCAUGAUCUCAGGCAUCUGGCUGGAUAGGUCCAAAACCUACAAAGAGACAACCCUAUUGGUCUACAUCAUGACAGUAGUGGGCAUGGUGGUGUACACACUGACCUUGAACCUGGGAUACCUGUGGGUAGUGUUCAUCACCGCUGGCACAAUGGGCUUCUUCAUGACAGGCUACCUCCCACUGGGAUUUGAGUUUGCUGUGGAGUUGACAUACCCAGAAUCGGAAGGCAUAUCUUCUGGCCUCCUGAAUGUAUCUGCCCAGGUGUUCGGGAUCAUCUUCACCAUCUCCCAGGGCCAAAUUAUUGACAACUACGGAACCAUGCCUGGGAACAUCUUUCUCUGUGUGUUCCUCACCCUUGGAGCAGCCCUCACUGCGUUCAUUAAGGCAGAUCUCCGGAGGCAGAAAGCAAACAAAGAAACUCCUGAGAAUAAGCUCCCAGAGGAGGAGGAGGAGGAGAGCAACACCAGCAAAGCGCCCACCACUGUGUCUGAGGAGCAGCUCUGAGAGGAAAAGGUGGUGGCGACUCAGGGAACCAGACAGCACUCCCCACCUCUUCCGUCAGCGCCUACCGCCGGCACAUAGGCCUUUGCCACAGCAGCUUUUCGAGGGAACCGGCUGGAAUACUGGGGGCUUGGACGGCAGGGCCUCUGCCAUCUGGAACCCACUCAAGAGCUUGCAUGGUCUAGCUGGGGAAGAUGGCACCUUCCACUGGGUGCCCGCUCCAUCCCCGCCCCCCUCGCAGGCUGUGGGAGCUGGUGCUGGGAGAGACUGCUGGAGAGCCGUGGUGCCUUGUCUUCCCCCUUCCCCUCCAGCCCGCCAGGAGAGGGCCUGCAAAAUUAUCACGGAAAGAAAGCUUAUUCAGGAUAUUAACUUUCUUUUUGGAAUCAUAAGACCCUUAGAAGCCCAGUUCUAGGGAGAGGCGGCUGCUCCAGAGAGGGGGUAAUUUUGGGGUCAUCACAUUGUGGCUAAUGUUCUGUGGGAGAGAAAGCACCAUCAGAAAAACAUCAGAACGAACCCAUCAGGACUCGGCCUAGCUUCUCCUGCCCUAAGGCUGGGGUGUUUCCAGACCCUCUCCUAAGAGCUGAUCAAACCCAACAUCAAUAAACUGACAGAAACUUU